GGUUGUUUUUGAUGUGCACAUGCUGUUUUCUAAGCACCAGCAGCAGGGCUUGACAAGGCGAGGGACUUUGGCCAUGGAUACCUGGCAAGUCUCUAGGGCUAAAUGCUUCCAGAACCAGGGAUAAGGAUGGAGGAGAGAUUCACAGCCCUCUGCUCGGAACCACCCCCAAUUUCCUUUCACAGGAGCUGCCCUUUAUCAGCCCUGAGAAGCCUUGCAGACACUGGGGAGGAGCAAUGCUCUCAGCUCCCAUAGCAGGAGGUGGCCCUGCCCAUUCUCUUGUUUCACUUUUGCUUUAGUUCAGAGCCUCCGCUGCUCCACAGCCCUGCAGCUCUCCUGCAUCAUGAACAGAUGGAAGACGGCAGCCAAGAAGGAGCAGAAGUGUAACAAUCCUAAUUUGCAGCCCGACCUGGAAAGCCUGAUGGGAAAUAUAGAAGUCUGCCGCAGUGUGGGCAUGGAGAUCAUCAACAACACCAAAAAGGUGACGCUGGAGGACUUCAGGAGUUACUGCUUCAGUGGCAACAUCCGGAUCCUUCCCCCCUUUGAAAUCGGCCCACAGUCCGUAGGAAGAUGCAUUUUUGCAAAGACGCCAUACAGCCUGCGUGGGAGUGUGGGUGUCCUGGUCUGCAAGGCCAGCUCUUUCUCACUGGCCAUCAUGUUCUCCAACCCCUUCGACUACGUCCUUUACAACAUCGAGUUCGCUCUGGAGCUCUUCAAAACAGAGAACCACAUGGGAAGACUCCAUGCAGUCUUCUCCCGUAUGAUGGAAAGCAAGCCUUAUGGCAGAUCCACACUCUUCCAGAGAGCUACACUAGCGUCAGACCAUGAAACCCUGGAGGUCUCCUCCGGGAAUAUUCGUGUCAGAGCCAAGAUGUCCAACACUGCAAAAGCGAUCCUGAAAGUCCAGGUAGAUGAUAUAGAUCCCCCACCCUAUUCCAAAGACAUGUGAGUGAAGACACCUUUGCUGUCAAAAGCUUCCCUCGUGAGAUUUUCAUCAAGGAUGAAGGUAGAGAUCUCACUGUGCUGCCUCUUUGGUGAUCACAGGUGGUGACUGAUGAUAAAUCUGGUGGGAGAUGGCACCACCAGCAGCCCGGUUGCUCUUAACUGUCCUACAGCUUCAAUGACUUUGCCAAUAAGCUAACAGCAGCUUGUAGAGUGCUAUCUCACGCUUAUGGGUGAUAACUAAUAAACAAUGCUCCAACCCUUGUA